AUGGAGAUCAGAGGAGCGAGUCCUGGGCACCUGCAAAGGCGGCUCCCUGGCACCAACCAGCUGCUGGGCAGCCGCAAUGAACAACGCUACUACAUGGAGCCAGAUCAGGACGUAGUCAGUCUGCUGGAAGAAAAGACGGACAAAAUAAAGAAUCCCAAUAACAUCCAGAGUGGGAAGUGGCAGCUGGGUUUUCAAGCGAUGUCCUUUGACCUCUACGCCAAAUAUGGGAACAACCGCACCCUGAACCUGGUGAACCCCAAGAAGCCGUACUACCAGUGGCGCCUGCGCGUGCCCUCAGGACACGUGGUGCAGCUGGUCAUCGUCACCCUGCAAGGCGCCACACCCGGCAGCUGUGCGGCCCACAAGCUGUCCGCGUACGACUUCCUACUCCCUUUACAGAACAAGAUCAUCGCCAGGUGGUGUGGUCUGCCCGUCUCCGGCUCAUCCCCGGUCAUGAAGCUAACGUCCUCUGGCAACGUGAUGCUAGUCACCUUCUCCUUCAGCCGCCAGAGGGAUGGAGCCACCUUCAAAGCUUACUUUCAGGCCAUUCCCAAAACAGGUUGUGGAGGGUCAAUUGCCUCCUGGAACGGCUCUCUGUCCUCGCCCUACUAUCCAGCCUACUACCCCCCUAAUAUGGAUUGUAGCUGGACACUACGGGCGCCAUUGCCUGGACACCUGAUCUCCGUGACGAUCAUAGCGUUGGACAUCCAGGACUCCCCGUCCUCAGACGGCUGUGAGAAAGACUGGCUGGAAAUCGGUGGGGUCAAACUUUGUAAUCCGGUGUCAGACAGCACCAAAAAGCGGGUCUACUCCUCUCCCGUCUCCGUCCACUUUCACUCAGAUGAAUCGCUCACCCACAAGGGCUUCUACCUGCUCUACCUCGCCUUCUCUCCAGAGAGCAUCUGUCCUCGUCAGUUCCGCUGUGGAGACGGCCGCUGUGUCCCCCUGAGGAAGGUGUGUGACAGAGUGAGAGACUGCUCAGAUGGCCGAGACGAGGCCAAGUGCGCAUCCUGCAAGCCGGGGGAGGUGCCCUGUGGGAAUGGCCAGUGUAAGCCUCGGGGCAGCCAGUGUGGCAUCCAGAAUAUAUGUGGAGAUAGCAGUGAAGAGGGCGACUGUCCAGGUAAAUGCUACCACGUGUGUCCCAACAAGUUGUGUGUGCCAAAGUCUUCAGUGUGUGAUGGUGUCAUUGACUGCAAGGACCGCAGUGAUGAGAUCAACUGCACCAGAGCAUUCCACAAAGGCUGCCUUCUGUCCUCCUACAAAUGUGCUAAUGGAAAGUGUGUGAAUAAGGUCAACCCUGAGUGUGACGGAGUCAAAGACUGCUCCGACGGCUCUGAUGAGCUGCGCUGCAGUUGCGGCACCAGGCCGAGGAAGCGUACUAAGAUAGUGGGUGGGUCAGACGCCGGGGCGGGCUCGUGGCCGUGGCAGGUCAGCCUCCAGAUGGAUCGCUAUGGUCACGUCUGUGGAGCCACGCUGGUCUCCAGCCGCUGGCUGGUCUCUGCAGCACACUGCUUCCAGGACUCCGACACCAUCAAAUACUCAGACGCCCGCUCAUGGCGGGCUUACAUGGGCAUGCGUGUGAUGACCAGUAGCAGCAGUGGAGCCGCCAUCAGGCCGAUCCGCCGCAUCCUCCUCCACCCACAGUAUGACCAGUUCACCUCCGACUACGACAUCGCCCUUCUGGAGCUCCACGCCCCCGUCUUCUUAAACGACCUGAUACAGCCGGUGUGCGUCCCCGCCGCGUCACACACCUUCGCCACCGGGACCGGCUGUUUUGUUACCGGCUGGGGCGUACUCACGGAGGACGGUGAACUGGCGUCUUUCUUGCAAGAGGCUUCCGUCAAGAUCAUCAGCAGGAGCACGUGUAAUAAACUCUACGACGAUGCCAUCACUCCCAGAAUGCUUUGUGCUGGGAAUCUGCAGGGAGGCGUGGAUGCCUGCCAGGGGGACUCCGGUGGUCCUCUGGUGUGUCUGGAGCGCGGCAGGCGGUGGUUCCUGGCGGGGGUCGUGAGCUGGGGAGAGGGGUGCGCCAGGCAGAACCGCCCGGGCGUCUACACGCAGGUGGUCAAGUUCACCGACUGGAUCCGACAGCAGACCAAAGGACAAGUGUGACUCGGGCAACGGGGCAGAGCAAAGGAUGGACGGACAGACCCGGCGUGUUAGCGACGACUCAGACCUGGGCUCCGUGUUGGGGAGAGUGACGGAUGUGAUCGCGAGAGCAGGUCCAGCCGCGGGGUUUCCGCGGCCACGCCAGUGAGAACCACCGAGGGUAAAUCCCACUUCCGGACCAGCUACUUGGACAGUCACCUCCAUCCCAGUACCAGUCUGGAAAUCCUGACAAUGAGUC